AAUACCCAAGGUGAGAAACCUAAAGCAUACCAUAAUCCUCCACCCACGUAUAACCCACGUAUAAAGAAAGAAAGAAAUUGGAAAAAAGACAAGUUUAUAUUAUUAUAAUAAUGGUCCAACUAACUCAUAAUACCUGUCGUUGUCACGUUCUACCUCCUCCUCCACAUGAUAAUAAUAAUAAUGUAUGGUGUUUGACAGACAGAAAGAAAGAAAGAAAGAAGAGGUUAGAGAUCAGUGAUGGCUUCUUCUGCGUUUGAGCCUUUGCUGGGGGGAGAAAGUAGUAGAGCAGGCCGGAAACCUUUUAAUCGCCGCUCCGAUGCCAUCGCUUACGGAUCGCCUUAUCAGAAGGCUGCCGCUCUCGUUGAUCUGGCUGAAGAUGGAAGCGGUCUACCUGAGCAAAUCCUUGAGUUACCAAACAUUGAAACCGCUGCAAAGUUUUACUUCAUAUUCAUUCGUUUUGACAUAAUAUGGACCCUUAAUUAUUUUGCACUCAUAGCUUUGAAUUUCUUUGAGCAACCGCUAUGGUGUAGCUCUGUUUCUCAGGUUUCUUGCAGUAACAGGGACUACUAUUAUCUUGGGGAGCUUCCAUACUUGACUAAUGCAGAAUCUCUUGCUUUUGAGGGUGUAACCCUCAUCAUUCUUGUGGUGCAUACUUUAUUUCCUAUUUUGUAUGAAGGGGGAUAUCUCUACUGGAAAAACCAUGUUAAUAAGCUAAAGGUGAUAGCACUCUUAAUUCUUACUGCUGAUUUAGUAGUAGAUAUUCUCUAUCUGUCUCCAGUGGCCAUCUAUUCUCUUCCACUGAGGAUUGCACCUUAUAUCAGGGUAGUUUUCUUUAUCUUGAAUAUCAGGGACUUACGAGACAGCCUUGUUGUAUUGGGUGGAAUGGUUGGCACAUAUCUGAACGUGUUGGCUUUGUGGCUUCUGUUUCUCCUGUUCUCCAGUUGGUUAGCCUAUGUCAUCUUUGAAGAUACCCAACAGGGAACUACACUCUUUCUUUCUUACCCUGCUACCUUGUACCAGAUGUUUGUUCUUUUUACCACAUCCAACAAUCCAGACGUUUGGAUUCCUGCCUACAAAUCAUCAAGAUGGUCUUCGCUUUUUUUCGUCCUAUAUGUGCUUCUGGGUGUUUACUUUGUCACAAACCUGGUUCUUGCUGUCGUAUAUGAUAGCUUUAAAGCCGAGCUCGUUAAACAAGUUUGUUCAAAGGAUGAAAUGAGGACAAGAAUAUUGAGGAGAGCCUUUGAUCUCAUUGUUAAAAAGGGUACUGACUAUCUUGAUAAGGAGCAAUGUAUCGAAUUGUUUGAAGAAUUAAAUAACUACAGGACACUACCAAAAAUAUCAAAAGAGGAUUUUGAGUUGAUAUUUAGCGCAUUGGAUGACAGUGGUGAUUUUAAGAUUAAUGCAGAAGAAUUUAAUGAUCUUUGCAAUGCAAUUGCCUUAAAAUUUCAAAAGGAGGAUACGGAGCCUUGGCUAAAAAAGUUUGUCUUCUACAAUUCUUCAAUAUCUGAAGCACUGAAAAACUUUGUAAAAAGCACAAAGUUCGGAUAUGUAGUUGCAUUUGUUCUCCUUUUGAAUCUGGCUGCUGUUAUUACUGAAACAACGCUUGAUAUACAAAACAACUCUGGUCAGAAAUUCUGGCAGAAGGUGGAGUUUGUCUUCGGGUGGAUCUAUGUUCUUGAAAUGGCUUUGAAAGUUUAUACAUAUGGAUUUGAAAACUAUUGGGAAGAUAGCCAAAACCAAUUUGAUUUUAUCGUCACAUGGGUCAUAGUUAUUGGAGAAACAGCAACAUUCGUAUCUCCAACGGGGCUAACAUUUAUUUCGAAUGGGGAGUGGAUUCGUUAUCUUCUUAUUGCAAGGAUGUUAAGAUUGAUCAGGCUGUUGAUGCAUGUUCAAAGGUAUCGAGCCUUUGUUGCAACAUUUUUGACUCUAAUACCAAGUUUGAUGCCAUACCUGGGUACCGUCUUUUGUGUCAUGUGCAUUUACUGUACAUUGGGCAUACAGAUCUUUGGUGGGAUAGUCAAUGCUGGAAAUCCAGAUUUACCAGCUACAGAUCUUGCUGAUAGCGAUUACUUGUUAUUUAAUUUCAAUGACUUCCCCAAUGGUAUGGUGACACUUUUCAAUUUGCUUGUGAUGGGAAACUGGCAAAUCUGGAUGCAGGAUUAUGUAGCAUUGACAGGAACGUCUUGGACUUAUGCCUACUUUGUCAGCUUCUAUCUAAUAACAGUUUUGUUCCUCCUCAACUUGAUUGUAGCAUUUGUAUUGGAGGCAUUCUUUGCUGAGUUAGAACUUGAAUGCCCUGAGGAAGAAGAAGGGAAGAAAAUUGGAGUAAGGGGACGGCGUAACAUGGGCACAAAGACGCGCAGUCAGAGAGUUGAUAUGCUACUUCACCACAUGCUGAGCUCAGAGCUGCAUCAUUCCCCACCUUCCUCUCCAUGAAGAUAUAAAUCUCCCAGGUGGAGAUCACAAACAGGUGUAAAUCAAAACAAUGCAGUUAUGAUUCCCUUUUUUCUGUACCUAGACAGAUUUGAUGUUUAUAUAAACAUUCAGUUAGUGAUGCUGUGAAUAGCAGAAGCAGAAGACUCAUUCUGCUGAAAAUAUGUGUGUUUAAAUUCUAGUAAAUUUGUUGAGCAGAACUUAGCAACUUUGCAAACAUUUGCCGAUAUUCUACCUAAUAUAUUUUGUCCUUUUGCUAA